GAAAAUAAAGACAAUUAGACAAUAUUGAAACAUAAAGCUCCUAAAAGUGAAAAUGGGCAAGUGUUAAUAGACAUGGAGAAAACAAUGCAGGCGCAAUCCUUGAAUAAUAACACAUGCUGGGUGUGCUUAGUGCCGCCAUGGGGGUUCACAGACUUAUCGGAAGAGAAACUGUAUCUGGCCUAUACGGAGCGGCAAAGGGAAGGAGCGGUACUACGACUGCUUGCCAUCGGAUUGUUAUUCCAAAUUUUUGCUGCGAUUGUUCCCGGCGAGAGUAACCUUUACUUCGCUUAUACAUUUGUAGGCAUUGCGUUAUUAGUCAAUAUAAUACUUGUAGUGGUGUACGCCCUCGUUCGACGAGCACGUUACCUACUGAACCACAUUGCAUGGCUUGUCAUCUGGGCUCAGCUUCUGAUAAGCGUGUCACGGCGCAUUGGAGAUUCCUACAACGAGUUGCUCGGUUGGGCUGUCGUCUUGCAAUAUUUUACGGUUGCAACAUUACCCUUUCAUUAUGUGGUACUGUUACUCUAUAGUUUGCUUUCAUUAUCGGGGUAUAUUUUAGUUCAAUAUUACCUGGCUAUCACAACGGAAAAAAGGCUUCCCGAAGACUUUUUUAGUCAGCAAUUAGCAAAUGGUGCCUUACUGAUGGGAGUUACGAUUUUGGGAGGAGUCGCAUAUAUAGUUGGAGAACGACAACAAAGAAGUUCUUUCCAAGAAACAAAACGAAGCUUACGUGAUAAACUCACCAUCGAACAACAAAGUAAAGAACAGGAGAGACUGCUGCUGUCGGUGCUUCCCGAACAUGUCGCCGUUCAAAUGAGACAGGAACUAGGACUUAUCGACACACAAUUUAAAAAGAUUUACAUGUCGCGACAUGAAAAUGUUAGCAUACUGUACGCUGACAUCGUGGGCUUCACGGCAAUUUCAUCUACAUAUUCAGCCCAAGACCUAGUUGCAAUUCUAAAUGAGCUAUUUGCUCGAUUCGAUCGACUCGCUGAGAAAUACAAUCAACUACGAAUCAAAAUCCUGGGAGAUUGCUACUAUUGCAUUAGCGGCGCACCACUGGAGCGGCCGGAUCAUGCCGUUCUUUGCGUUCACAUGGGAUUAUCGAUGGUCAAAGCGAUAAAAUAUGUGCAACAAAUAACAAACUCACCGGUGGACAUGCGCGUGGGCAUUCACACUGGCGCAGUGCUGGCCGGGGUCCUGGGUCAGAGGCAGUGGCAGUUCGACGUCUACUCGCGCGAUGUCGAACUUGCUAACAAGAUGGAGAGCAGUGGAAAGGCGGGACGCGUGCACGUAUCUGAGAUGACUUUGAACUUUCUCAAUGAUGAGUUCGAAGUGGAGCCCGCGUACGGGGAGCGGCGCGAGGAAAUGUUACGUCAGGCCGGCAUCAAAACCUAUUUCAUAGUGCGUGUCCUUAAACCGUUUCAGAGCGGCCGCGCUAGAAAUAUGCCGGACGAUGAGGAAGUCGAGGCAAGAGACAGCGAGGACACGCUGUCUGAUAUGCGGGACGACGACGAGGACUCUGUUCUAUCGCCACAAGACGAGAGCGAGAGCAACGAAGAAUCGAAAAUACUCGCCAUGUUAGAAGAAGAACUCGUUAAUAGAGAUGAUGAUAAGGAGCUAGCAGACGCGACGAAUUUUUGCCUCAAGUUCAAGUCCAUCGAGGCAGAGUCUGCGUUCACGCUUCGCACGGACGUGUGCCCCCAGGCUGCGAUGUUGCCCCCGCUGGUACUGCUACCGGCGGUGGCGGCCGUGGCCAGCUUCGCCACACCGUCUGCCUGGUCGCUGCACGCCGUCUACCUCGCCCUCGAGCUCGAGAUCGGCCUCGUUAACGUUUUAUACUACGCCUGCUACAAAUACACACAGUUUAAGAAAAAGACAGUAAGUCCGAUGUGGAAGUUGACAUGCAGCAUAUUCAACGUAACGAUGUUCGUAACUGCAAAUGUUACUACCAUGGUGAUCUGCGGAGAUUUCGACACCGCGCUAUCCGCGGACGGACUGCGGGAGGACGCGCCGGCGCGCGGCGGGGCGCGCCGCUGCAUGCAUCCCUCCUAUUAUUACCAUAUGGGCGCGGGCGCGGCGUGCUGCACACUGUGGCCGGCGUUGGUGGGCGGCACGAUGCGCUUCGCAUACCUGGUGUCGAUGGCGCUAAUGCACACGCUGCCCGCUCUCUACGUUCCCGACUUGCUCGCUCCGCGCAACCGCGCCCGCGACCCCUAUCACACCCUGCUACAUCAUGCGAACACAACACACUACGCCGAUCAAUUCCUCUCCGUAAUGGUGCAUCUCCAUAGUGCCAGAAACAUCAUCAUGUUAUUCAUCAUAGCGAUCGCUCUUGUGGUAUAUAAUCGAUACAGCGAGUCGUUGGAGCGCGCGCGGCACUCGCGCGGGGAGCGCAUGCGCGCGCAGGCGGAGCAGGCGAUCGACCUGCGGCGGCGCAACCAGGCGCUGGUGCACAACGUGCUGCCGCCGCACGUCGCCAGCCACUUCAUGGGCGCGCGCCACCACCACCGCGACCUCUACAGCCAGAGCUACGCUGAAGUCGGCGUGCUAUUCGCCUCCAUGCCCAACUUCUCAGAGUUCUAUUCUGAAGAAACUGUGAACAAUCAAGGGCUGGAAUGUCUGCGGUUUUUGAACGAAGUAAUCUCUGACUUUGACCUGUUACUGGAAGAUUCCAAGUUCAGCAAGGAUAUAAUAAAAAUCAAAACUAUAAGUUCGACGUACAUGGCUGCAUCAGGCCUAAAUCCCACUCGACAGAUGCAGCCGUCCGAUGGUGUCCUCGUGCGCUGGGCUCAUCUCGCGUGCCUCGUGGAAUUUGCACUGGAACUGCAGAGAGUUUUGACAGCCAUCAAUGAGCAGUCAUUCAACCACUUCGUGUUACGUCUCGGAGUUAAUCACGGGCCGAUCACCGCGGGCGUGAUAGGCGCCCGCAAGCCGCACUAUGACAUAUGGGGCAAUACUGUCAACGUCGCAUCUCGCAUGGAGAGCACUGGCAAAGCAGGGUGUAUUCAGGUGACGGAAGAAACAUGUCAAAUUCUCCAGUGUUUUGGGUAUUAUUUUGAGCAGCGCGGGCUCGUGGCUGUCAAAGGCAAGGGACAGUUGAUGACAUAUUACUUACAAGGCAAACGCGACUCUGUCACCGGUGAACCAGAGAAAUCUAUGAUGGAGGACCCGUGCGAGGCAGACGCCACCGAUGCGUUGUUGUCCAACGGAGACGCGACGGCCUCGCAGCGCGCGCUACAGCAGUCCACCGUUGCCGGCGCCGGCUCAGGCACUGACGUCGAUAGACCGUUACUCACUUCCUAAAACAUCACUGU